UGUAUACGACACUAUGUUGGAAGCUUACACAAACAUACUUUCUACAUAGAUAUGAAUGUUGCGCAGAGUGGCUCAGACUUGACAGCUGGAAGAACGCGAAACAGGAGUGGCAGAUCAUGUAAGGGCACUUUGGCUAGAGAGUGAAACUUGACAAUUGACGAGCAGACGCGCUGCUAAGAAUACAUUAGAAGAGUUGACAGGAUAGGCAGACGAAGGCAGAGCAGUUGGGGAGGGGGUGGGAGAACCAGAGGCGGCAUGACACGACCUCCUAAUAAUGACAACCUUAUGACCUUCAAAUUGGUCGUGGUUGGUGAUGGAGGUGUUGGAAAGAGCGCACUCACCAUACAGUUCUUUCAAAAAUUAUUUGUCACCGACUAUGAUCCUACCAUUGAGGAUAGUUACAUUCAGCAUACAGAGGUAGACAAACUAUGGUGUAUCCUAGAUGUGUUAGAUACAGCUGGUCAAGAAGAGUUCAGUGCCAUGCGUGAACAAUACAUGCGCAAGGGUGAUGGGUUUCUGUUAGUAUAUUCUGUGACUGAUAAACAAUCUUACGAGAAUAUCAUGAAUUUUUAUACCCAAAUACUUAGGGUAAAGGAUAGAGAUGUAUACCCUAUGCUCUUGGUGGCCAACAAAGUUGAUUUGAUACAUUUGAGAAAGGUUACAGAGGAUCAGGGAAGGGAUUUGGCUCAACACUUGGGUAUACCUUACAUUGAAACUUCUGCCAAAGAUCCACCGUUAAAUGUGGAUGCAGCAUUCCACGAGGUCGUUCGUAUUAUCAGAAAUCAACCUCCAGCCGAGUUGGAAAAAAAUCGGAGGAAACGUAGACGUUCGGGGAAAUGUAAUCUUUUAUAAAGCUCGAUGGUAUCGAGCAAGUAUUUUCAAAGGGUCACUUUUCUCCCAUGAACAGUGAAACGCACCUGCCAAAAAACAAAAAAAAAAAAAAGAAAACAAAUGAAAAAAGUGGGUCUUCUGUCCUCCAUCAUAUACAUAUAAUAGGUACAUAUGACUCGUAACAAAUUUCUUCUUUUUUUUCGAUUCAUUUAUGAGUUCGUAGUUUUAAUGAGCAUCGAGCGAUUGAUAUCCCACCCAACCCCCCUGUAAAAUAAGUGUACAAAAUAGUAACGAUAAGAGAUGCAUCGAUUGAAAGAGGAAAAAAAAAACAACGUUAUGUAUAUCCGAGACGCAACUAGAUUUUUUUAACAAAAAAAAAAAAGAAAAAAAAAAAUUCAAGCAUCAGUUUAUCGACUGUUCAUCAUCACCGAAAUAAUAUGAGAUCACGUCUCAGUACGCGUGUACACAUCAAUUUUUUACCAUCGACAAAACACUAUGGAAUUGAGCGUUUUUUAUUGCACAAUGCAUAAUUCUAUAGAAAUCUUUUUACUUCUUCAUGUAAGAUCUUGUCAUGAAAUGACUAUAAUGGUUUCGUACAUAUUGACUCAGCUCCUUUUUUAA